AAGGAGCUGGACCGGACCCUAUCUCACUAAUCGCCGACUCGCAUUCCGUAGUAACAUUUGUAUUGUGUGCGAUUUCGCUCACAGUACAAACAGUCAUGCCGUUCAUGGUAUCUCCUGGCACUGUGCUUUUGCUGUUGGGUGUUCUGAGUCGAAAUGUCUCCCUAGCGUCGUUGGAUCCGAGCCACUUUCAAUCCUACUCCUUCCAUGUUGCGCAAGAAUCUCCAGCAACGGAGACGCCGACGGACAGCACCGAUUCGGAUGAGACUGUUCGGAAACAGCAGACUCCGUCGCUGGCUAGACACCAGAUUAAUGAUGGAGAGGAUGACAGCCGGCAACCAAAUGUAGUGGCAAGCUCUUUACUCAUGUACGAAAAAGGUUGCGUCGUGUCGUCUAGUGAAGUGUACCCAGGGUCUACGCCAUUGGACACUGCUGACGAUACGGAAACCAGUUUGCACAAACAGGCCUACACGGAAAUUUGGAGUCUGGAGGAUGAAGAAUUGUGGAGAGAGUAUGAAGACGAUGAAGAUGAAGAUGAUGACAACGACGAUGGACAUUCUUCGAUGCUUUCCAACGCGUCAGUCAAACGCACACGUACACGUGCACGUAUAUCCACCAAUAGAGGGACGAGAGAAGCGCUCGCAUCGUCUACCAACACACAUCUGCCGUCUCCUGUGACCUCUGCUACGCUCUCCGCCCUCCGAGGAGGCAGUAAGGGCACAGUCUCCGGCAUCUUGGGAUCGGAAGUCGUCAAACGACUUUACGUCACCGCUCUCGUUACACUCGUGUUUGAGGCAUUGGUGGGGCACAUUCUGGAAUUUUUCAAAAUUGUCAUGCAGACCCGAGACGACGGUUCUUCUUACGGCACGGUUGUCCGAGAAAUUACGCUCGAAAAGGGUAUUCUGGGACUCUGGGACGGCUUUGUCCCCUGGGGCGUCGUACAGGCCGUGGGCAAGGGUGCCGUGUUUGGACUCGCGCACGCCGCCGCCAAAGAUUUACUCGUACCGCUCGCACAAGACGGUAUGCUCCCCAUGGCGGCCGCCCUCACAUUGGCUGGCGGCAUUGGAGGUGGAUUUCAAGGCUACGUGCUCUCGCCGACGCUACUAUUGAAGACCAGGGUCAUGACGAAUCCAGUGUUCCGUGAACCCAUGAGUCUGUGGCGCACAGUCUAUCUCAGUAUGCGCAUUGGAUUUGACGUCGUCCAAACCGAGGGGUUUUGGACUCUCAUGAAAGGGGCCAACGUGUUUGCGACCAAGCGAGUGUUUGACUGGGCGAGUCGCUACUUCUUUGCCGAUUGGCUAGAGCAGGUUUUUAUUCAACUCAAGAACGGACAGCCUUUGACGAUCGCGGAAAAGAGUGCGGCUUCACUUUUGGGUGGCGUAGCGUCAACGUGUGUCACUCUCCCUUUGGACGUUCUCGUGGCAAAGACACAGGACGCCAAAAAAGCCGGCGUCAAGGUGUCGGCUUGGACACUUUUUCGAGACGAACUCAGAGAGAAGGGCCUAAGUGGACUCAAGGACUCGUACAUGCGCGGAUUCGAGGCCCGGCUGCUCCACGUUUGCUUGACAACACUUGGUACGUACUCAUGGUGGAAUGUUUCUUGGAAGGAUGAUUUGUCGCGUCUGUUUGCCAUUGCAAUGAACAAAAUCUCAAACCUGGGUAUAUCAAUUGCUUCGUUGGUUGUAUAG